AUGCCUUCACCGCCUCGUCAAUCCAGGGGCUCUCCUCGUAGAGCGCUUCACGAACGCAGCGACUCGCAAGCAAACGAGAGGGGCUCGCCCAGACCACGAUCAUUCGUGGAGCCACAGGCUAAGUAUUUUGAGGAAAGCCCUUAUCCAUCGAGGCCGUCGCAGAUCUUGAGGCCCAAUGGGCAGUUCUCCGCACCAGCAUUUUUGGCAGAUGCCGCCAAUCUAGAAGAGGGAGACCAAAUAAGCAAGUGGAACUUAGCAGGAAGCCGGCACGGGAGUGAUACAGGCUCCUUUACUCAGUCACACCUUUCAGAUGUUACGGUUGAUACAGCAUCGAAACGGGAGUCGACCGCUUACGCCACUCCUAAUGCAGGAAGAAGUGAAAGCGCUUUAGCCCUAAAUCCCCCAGCAGCGACGAUCAGGAGGGUAACAGAGGAUGAGGCACUGUCGGACCUCCAUAAAUCUGCUGCAUCGUCAGAUCGUCAGCCUUCCAAUAAAGAUUCCGAUAAUUCGCUAUCCUCGACAAAUACUACUGGUACUGUCGUAGUAAGGAAACCCAGAGAUGGGAAAAAGCGUGCUUCAUAUUCUGCAUUCCCAUACACUGGUCGUCCGAGCUCUUCUCGAUCAAACCUAUCAACACCCUCGUCUCAGAGGUCAAGUCCGAGAAUACCAGAGGAACAAAGCUCUCUGAAAUCUACUGGCUCCCCAGAUACUCCAGACUCUCCAACGGGUUUCGCAAAAGAGCGCAAGGUGUCGACUGCUUCUGUUAAUCAUACCGCGCCUAGCCAAGCAAAUCAGACAAGACUGCAGUAUCCGGUAAUUAAACCCCCUUCUGUUUCGGGGUCGUGGGCCGAGUCAUCACAUGGACCACCUCAGGUACCUCCAAGAGCGGCGGAACGGGCCCAGCAGUGCUGGAACCCUCAUCUCUCAACGGUUCCUUCCGAAGGAAGAAGCUCCGUUUCAGCAGAGCGGACCAGCCAGGGAAUUUGGCUUUCUGACUCCUCACGUGCCAGCAAAGCAUCGUCAAAGCUACUCAGUCCUCGGCCAAGUGCCGAACGACCACCAAGUGCUCCUAUCAAUACCCUUAGGCUGGAAUCAGACUCAGACAAUGAGGCCAUUACCUCUGGGUCAGUAAGCCCACCACCUGUUCGCCCAAGAGAUUUUUCGGGUUCGACAAUUAGAGUGGUGGAGGAGGAAGCGCCCUCUAGGCUGGAUAUCCCAUACACCAUCCCUGGUUCGAGAGACUCUACCAAUAUGGAACCUGCUGUGCCUGGAAACCGAAUGUCUGCUGUGGUGACGCGGCCAAGCUCCCGAGCGAGCUUUUUUCGAGAUAGUAUCCCAGCAUGGGCUAGAUCUUACUAUGCACGGCCAAUGUCAUCAAGUUCUUCGUCCGGUCAGAGGGAUUCUACGGCAACAGACAAUAUCUCUAUCAGUGUCUUUCGCCCAAGGACUAGAACACAAGGGAACAAUCAUAGGCCCGAUCGCCGUAUAAGCGGGCUUAAUAUGCACCCAACCAGGCCAGACGAGAUGCCCGUGGUCGGAACACGCAGGCCGCAAGGCAUGUCUCCGCGAUGGUCACCUCACCUAUGGCACGAUCGAAUGUCCUUGGGCCGCCGAAGAAGCAUCUUCAAAGCCCCAAGCAUAGACGAAGCGGCAGAAGGGAACGUUAUGAACAAACGCAAUAACCAAAUCAUUCUGUUCGCUGUAGGAUUUAUCUUUCCCCUGGCCUGGUUUCUGGCUGCUUUCCUACCUUUGCCCCCAAAGCCUGUCUUCAUGUCGGACAAAGGCAAGAGCGCCGUCCGUGAUACACAGAUCUCCCAAGACCUUGAAAAACAACUAGGCCCCACGGAUUGGGCGCGAUACGAGAAUGCAAGGUGGUGGCGGAAAAUCAAUCGCAUCAUGUGCGUCACUGGGGUGGUUGUGAUAUUGAUUGUUGUAAGUCAUAGAUAUGCCACGCAUUGA